AGAUAAACUCCUGUGAAGCGACUGAGAUACUGUUAUAAAGAUGGAGUUUAUUAAAGAGGAGAGUGAAGACGUGAAGAUUGAAGAAACAGCCAAACAUGAAGAUACUGAGGAACAAUCAGACCUGAUGACGCUGAAAGAAGAGAGUCAAGACCUGAAUGAAAUGGAAGAGAAAGAUCAGUAUGAGAAAUCUCAUGAUCUCAUGGUUAGGGUGAAAUCUUUUAGUUACUCAAAGACUCAUAAAACAGAAACUAGAAACUUUGAAGUCCAGAUGAAAGUUAACUCUGGAGAGAGUCCUUUCACCUGCCAACAGUGUGGGAAGGGAUUCUCACUAAAAGGAAAUCUUAACAUUCACAUGAAAAUUCAUACUAGAGAGAAGGCUUUCAUAUGUUCUCAGUGUGGAAAGAGGUUUACACAGAAAAAUACCCUUAAUGCCCACAUGAAAGUUCACACAGGAGAGAAGCCUUACACUUGCAAAAUGUGUGGGAAGUGCUUCACGCGAAAAGAAAAUCUUAGAAAUCAUAUGAGAGUUCACACUGGAGAGAGACCUUUCACCUGCAAACUGUGUGGGAGAAGCUUCACACGAAAAGAAAAUCAGAAAAUUCACAUGAGAGUUCACACCGGCGAGAAGCCAUACAUCUGCAAACUAUGUAGGAAGUGUUUUAAACAGAAAAAGUACCUUGACGGCCACAUGAGAGUUCACACAGGAGAGAAACCGUUUGUUUGUGAUCAGUGUGGAAAGAGUUUCAGGUGUAAAGCGCACCUUGAUCUUCACAUGAAGAGUCACUCAGGAGAGAACUGUUUUAUAUGUCACCAGUGUGGAAAGAGUUUCUCACACAAAGGAAAUUUUGAGAAUCACAUGAGAGUUCACACUGGAGACAGACCUUACAAGUGUCCUCAGUGUGGAAGGAGCUUCACAAUUAAAGGAAACCUUAAGAUUCACAUGAGAGUUCACACUGGAGAGAAACCUUACAAGUGUUUUCAGUGUGACAUCAGUUUCACAUAUCACACGGACCUGAAACGGCACGAAACAAAAGCUCAUUCUGGAAAGAAAAUACAAACAUUGCCACACUUAAUAGAACAAAGACAAUUCAGCUGUGAUCCGUCAAAUUAAAACAUCUCAUUAAAUUCAUAUAAAAAAAAAUCAUGUUAAUGUGGAAAUCUGAUUGUGUUCUUUGAUAAACCCUAUCUGGAAAGGAUUUGUUUUACAUAGAGUGGUGGGAUAGACUAAAUAUAACCACAGAGAGAGAGAGAG